UAGGGAGGGGUUUGAGGCCUUUUGAAGUUGUUUUUUUUAAAUGAUGCAGGUAAAUAAUAAAAAUAUUUAAGUAAAAAAUUAAUAACUUUUGUGACGUUUGUUUUGGCCUAGUGGUUAGUGAGUUUGGUUUAAAUAAAGAAUAGCUGUGGGUUCGAAUCUUCUCGCUUCUUCUAUUUUUAAAUGAUGACUUAAAGUAAUUAAAUAAGAUUUUUUUAUUUUUUAUAUGGUUUGUAUUCGAUUCCUUUAUUUUUUGAGAUUGAGAUUUUUUGAUGAAAAUAGUUGUAAAAUAUUCAAAAGUUUUUUGGAAGCGAAUUAAUGAAUUGGCUGAUGGAGAAAAAUAUCGCAAUCAAAUAGAAAAGGGUGAACAACGAAUACAGAAGCGUCAAGCUAUUAAACAAGCUUUGGAAGCUAAAAUAAUUAAAUACAAGGCACCACAACAUCAAUUAAGAAUAAAUUAUGGUGGUUCAAAAUGUAAAAACUACACAGAAGAGGAGGAUAGAUUCCUUCUCUUUCAUUUGUACGAACUCGGAUUUGAUAACGAAAAUGUUUAUGAUGAAUUGAGACAAAAAAUACGUUGUGCUCCACAAUUUCGAUUUGAUUGGUUUAUUCGUUCAAGGACAACAAUGGAAAUUCAACGUCGCUGCAAUAUUUUAAUUUCUUUAAUUGAAAAAGAAAUGGGCGAUAUGGGAAUAAAUGAAUUUACACAACCAGCAACAUCAACAGCUUCCCCUGCUGUUAGUAAAAAGGGAGGGAAGAAACAAGAAGAAAAAACGCCUGCAACUAAAAGAAAAGAACAUCCAACACCUGGACCUUCAAAAAGCAAGAAAGCAAAAUGA